AUGGUAGAGAAGAGAAGCACCGGCUGGGCUGGUCGCAGAGGAGAGGACUCUGCCAAGAGCAUCACUCCCAGGCGCAAACCUCGAGAAGAGCCAUCGCAAGCACAUCCAUCACGGUCACUCUACAAGCCAGUGUUCUCCAUCGCAUCCGUCUACGGAACGAUUGUCCUGCUGGUUUGGCAGCUCUGGACCGGAAGUGGAAAGUCGCAUGAGACACCCGAAACACCGAGCAGCGCUUCAAAGCCAAACUAUGUGGAGUCACAGAAGAAGGAAGGGCUGCUUCCAGUAUCGGACUUGCAGACUUCAGCGCAACUCGCUUUUGCUAGGUCUGCUACCCGGACUAAAGCACUGAUGGCAGAGAUAAUGCCACGAAUGAGCCAAAGUCAGGCAAUCGAGCCAUAUAAUUACGCAGACACCUUUGACACAGGAGGUGAUUAUUUGCACGUGUCAUGGGGCUGGACGUACCAAAGUUUGGUUGGCGACCAGCGCACCCCUUCUCAGGCAACUGGUCUUGUGCCGAGGAUCUUUGAAGAGCGCGGAUCAAACCUGGGCUGGCAAAGCUUUUUCGAGUUGCUUCUGACGAAUGGAGACAAGGUUCUCGCCAAAGACUGUUCACUUCUCCGGCGCACCCGCUUGCAGCGAUCGCAAGAGGACGGCUUCUUGCUUCUUGCAGGCGAGGCUAUCGAAUUGCAGUGUCCGCUUGGAAUACAUGUUCAUUGGACUGCCGCCUUGUUGCGCAUGGCGGCCGGGGCGGAGGUCCUUCGCGUUCGGUUUUGGUAUGAGAGCAACCCAGAGUUGAGCGUGAUGAGCUUGACGUUGUGGGACUUUGACAGUGCACUGAUGGCUGUAUGUGGCAGCAAACAAGCUCAGUCGUUCGACCACAACGAUUGCUUCGGUGCCAGUGGUGAGGUGGAUGGCAGCCCUCUGAUACACAUCGGGCGUGGCAUUUGGGUUGCGCUCGAGCACCCACGAGCCGUCCAUGGGCUGAGAAGCAACGGCACGCGGGUGGUUGCAGAACUACGCGAUGCAUCCCCAGGGACGCCUUACUUUGCAUCUGCUGGCAUCACCGGUCCGAUCGGUGCAACGGCGGAAGAGUCGGUCUUCUUACUUAGGAGGCACUUUCAGGCUUACCUGCAGCAAGUCCGAGCCUCUCCACCCAAACCUUUUCUGCAUUUUACUACAUGGUACGAUCUUCGGAGACAUCCGUGUGUGGACUCCAGUCCUUUGGGGCUCCCCCACUGCUCAGCGGCGAAAGUCCUCAACGAGCAGCAUGUGCUUCAGCGCAUGGAGGAGAUUGCCGAACAACUGUCACAGCGGGGUCUUACAUUGAAAGGUGCAGUUUUGGAUGACGGCUGGGAUGAUGCAGGCGUUCCUUGGCACGUGAAUCGCGACAACUUUCCCGAAGGACUCAGCUCGCUUGCCAAAGCUGCAAGCGACAAAAGGAUGUCGCUGGGUGUUUGGAUGUCUCCUUGGGGUGGGUUCGGGGAAGCUGGAAAGCGCCGUGUGAAGAUUGGUGCCUCGAUGGGCUUCGAAUAUCAAGGCGAUUCCCCCAAUCUACUUCGGUUUUCCGGCCCCCGCUAUUUCGACUGGUUCUACAAUGCAACACUUCGACUUCUGCACAGCGGAGUGUCCUUUUUCAAGUUCGAUGGAAUUGGUAGCGGCAUGAAAACCAGCGGUUCAGCCGAAUACUCCAAAGAUCUUGACAAUCUGCUGUUCUUGAUACAGGAAUUGAGAGCUCAGAAGAAAGAGAAGGAGGUUCCGGUUCGUGUAUCGGCAGUGACAGGAAGUUGGCCCUCACCUUGGUGGCUUUGUUCUGUCGAUUCUGUGUGGAGAGGUGGCCCUGAUCUAGGUCGCAAAGGAACUGGCUCAAUUCGGCAGCAGUGGAUGACUUUUCGAGAUUCGAUGGUCUUCGAAGUCUUGAGAAAGGCGCGGUUAUUUCCUCUCUCAAGUUUGUCGCUGGGCGGCUUAGUCUGGAGCCGAGCGGAGGAGCCCGGGGCAUAUUUGAACUCCUUCGACUUGGAGGAUUUUUCUCAAGAAGUGCAGGGCAUGGUAUUCACCAUGUACCAGGAGCUCCAAAUUCAGCCAUCCUUACUGGCUCCAGAGUCCUGGGAUACACUUGCCUUGCAUUUUAACUUGUCGCACAAGCAUGCGGCAGUUUUACAUGAUUCCCAUUGGCUUGGUGGUGACCCAGCACGGGGGGAGGCCUAUGGUUAUGGAGCCUUCGACUGCCCGCCUUGCAGCGGGCUCCUAUUCUGGCGAAAUCCCAGCACUGAAGCGCAAAACAUCACCUUCACUUUGCGAGCAGCCUUGGCUUUGCCGCAGGCGUGGCCUGGAGGUGCCGUCGGUGGGCGGUGGCAAAUCAAAGCAGUCGGGGGACCGGGCUCGGGCCCGGCUGAGAGCGACCACCCGUCCUGGGAGGUCGUUCCGCUUGACCACGCUCUGCCCUUGCGGCUUGCGGCCCUGCAGGUGCGUGCGUUUGAGGUGACACAGGCAGAGGUCCGAGCAGGUCCUGGCGAAACACAAGGUCCCGCUGCAAGGGGUCAGUGA